UUUUAGUUACUCGGCGAGUCGGCGAUGAGGGUAAUAAAACGUUUUUAAAGUUAGCCAAGUGUCAGCUUUGUUUUUUUUAAUAUUUUACGACUUUUGUUUUGCGGUUUUUCCUUUUCCUCCCGGUUCGAGAAAACUGUUACCUACGUGUGUAAAAAUCGAUGUAGUUGUUAGCAACCGAAACAGAUAGCGGCACAUUAUUGAUUUUUCCAACACAUGCUUUCAUUACACUGCACCGAGCGUACAGUUUAAUUUGUUUUUAGCGCAAAUUGGGCGCUUUUUUAUUCAUCUAGACACGAUUAUGCUCGUAUUACUGUGAUAAAAACGUAUUUAAAAUCUCGUAAGCAUGAAGAAAGGAGGCAUAACGGAGAUUAAUAGUUUCAUAGCGGUGAACAAUAAGUCGAAAUUGUCGCCUAAGAAAUUACCAAAUAAACCUGCUUCGUCGGAUGAUCGUCUAACGCGAAUUAAAUCAAACGCAACUUCAACAAUUUCGCCAAAGAAAACCUCAACGACAUCGCCUCGAUCUAGUUCCAAGCUCAGAUCAACGAACAAUGAUCGAGUUACAGCCGUACCAGCUCAACAAAACAUUAAACCAAGAAGUACCAACGAUACAUCCAAAACAACCGUCCUCAAAUCAAAACCUAUUCCGUCCACAAAACCAUCCACCAGCACCUCGAGUCAAAAAACUAGUAAGCCUACGAGUAGUAAUAAGCUCGACUCUCCCAGAGCUUCGAAACCAAAACCGUCGACUUAUUUACAAGAAGAAAAACGAGGAACCUCUAUUGGUAAAAUAACCAUGGAAGAUGUUUAUAAACAUAGACUUAGACGAACUUCACAAGAUUCUGAGUCGAGUUCACGUCGUAGUUCUACUACCUUCGUCAAUUUAGUGCAAGACAAGGUAAAGCAAAACAAUAUUGAAGGGAAGAUGGAAAACGAAAUUAAAAUUAAGGAUACUCGUACUGAAAUGAAAGUUGAUGAAAAUAAAGAUAUUCAGUACGAAUAUGAGGAUGAUUUCGAGGAUUACGAAUCGGAUUUUGAAUCUUGCUCCGAAUCGAACGAAUCCGAGUCUCGUGAGAUGGAAACCGGUCAGGAUUUGGAGAAUGAGAAAUUUCCUAAUGAAGAGGAGAAGAAAAUGGAUUCGGGUAGCUAUGAUUUAUACAAGCAGAGGCAGAAGAAUCAACUCGAGGUGAUCAAGGAGGCAUUGCAGAAAGAGAAUACCGAAGUUAAACGUCAAAAUAGUCCAUUAUAUCAAAAUCGUGAAGCGAAAAUUGAAGAGAAAAUAAUCGAUAACGAUGAUGCCGACUUUUUGACCAACUUUAAUACCAAGAGCUUACAGAAUUUUUCCAGUGCUAAGAAGAGGCAACGUGAUCUAGAGAUUUCCAAUAGAAUAAAAUUCAGAGGACAAAAACUACUGCAAAUGGUUACCUUAGACGUAAUGCAAUAUACAUUACACGAAAUGUCUCCUGUUCCAUAUGACAUUUUUAUGAGAUGUUACGCACGUAAAGAUACCUCUCAAGCUUUUGUGCAAACAAACGAAGAUAAUAUGUCGAUAGAAAUUCAAACUGAGGAAAUCCAGUCUCAGUCUAAAUGGACUCAACAUCCUGUCGAGUUGACUAAAGAUAUGCUGAAUGAAGAUACAAAUUUACAGCAGGUUAUGUUAGGAGUAGGAGAUGAAAAUGCUUCAAAUGUUGAACAAAAUAUGGCAGAUUUUAGUGCUAGAAGAUUAAACGAGUUUAUGAAAACUGUUGGUGAGGAAUUAAUAGCUCUACUAGAAGAAGAAUCCAUUAUCCCUGAUCCAUCAACAGAAAAUUCCAGUGCCACGUUGACUAAAAUUAGUGAUCCAGUUUCAUGUAUUAAAUGCAAUGCUCAUGAUUUUCUGCACUCUAGACCAAUCGUGUUGACCAUUUUUGAUCCCCAUUAUCCAUCUCGUCUGCUAACGUCACAUGGAUACUCUCAACAGCCAGAUGAUAACGAUAGGUGCAGCAUUUUAUGCAUAUGGAACAUUCAUCAGCCAUCGAUACCGAAAAUGAUCUUGAGAAGCUACGGAGCUGUUACAACUUGCUGCUUUGUAGCUGGCGAUUCUUCUUUCUUAGUUGCUGGGCACAAAGAUGGUUCUCUUUGUGUUUGGGAUCUUCGUGAUAAUUCCUUGUACUCGGAAAAAAUAAAACUUGGUAAUGUCGAAGUUCGAGUUCGAUCUCCGUCUUAUAAUUCAGCUGAAAUUUUGAAAAACGUUAAUCACAAUAGCAGCGUAAUAAAAGUAGAAAGUACUCCUUCUGUGAAAGAAGACUCGACCAAGAUGAUGAAUGAUUUCAAAACUCAAAUUGUUUUCAGCAUAGAAGAAGAAAAUUAUCUGAUAAUUUGGAGUCUUUCGAGAAGCUACAGCACCUCUAACGAUAUAGGAUUAGCUCCUUGGAGUAAAAUAAAAUUUUUUUCGAGUCAAAUUAUCGAUAUAGUUAGAUUAUUUCCAAAGUUCUCUUUUCGAACUACAACUUUGAACGUUUUAUCAGAAAGUAAAAUUUUGUUAGGUACGAAUACUGGUUUAAUUCUCAAAUGCAGCUCGUACGAUAAAAAAUGUAAAAUUUACAGUAAAUAUGAAUCCGCGAGUGUAAAAGGUCAAUCAAAAGUUACCUGCUUGGAAGUCUGUCCUUAUGAUGAAAACUAUUUCGCGGUUGGAUAUGGUAACGGCAACAUACGAUUAUACAAUUACAAUUACAGCGAACCGGUUUCAAAUUUAGAACAACGUGAUGUUUCAUCGGUCAGCGUACAAUCAUUACAAUGGCUAUGGAAUAAACAUAAUUACAUAUUGUCAUUAGAUUUAAACUUCAAAUUAUGCGUUUAUCGAUUUUCUUCGGCGGAUUAUUCAUUGACGUAUAGUGCUCAAAUUGAAGAUAUCAAUUCGGUGGUUGUGUCUCCUUUCGUCGAACACAUGAAAGAUGCUAAUCCAUAUUUGGUUCUUGUAUCAAACAAAGGUAACAUAGAGAUCCAAAAAUUCAACGCGAUGAUAAAUAAGACGACGAGUGAUGACGACGAAUAAUAAUUGCAACAAUAAUUAUUCUAUCUAAAGACUGCAUUUGUUUUUUUUUUACUUGUGUAAUGGUUUAUUUCUGCAAUAUAUUGGUUCAGCAAUUUUCAAAGAA